CUCAUUUCCGAUCUCUUCUUCUAUCUCUCUCUCUCUCCAAUUCAAUUCAUUAACACAAUAUGGUUCUCUAUACGUGUGUUUAUGUUUAUCUUUCUAUACCUGUCCCUGUCUCUCUUUCUUCCCACCCACCCUCUCUCGUAUUUAUUCAGGCUUUUAUAUAGCUCUGUGCGCCCCUUUCUCUUUUUCAUAUACCUAUCUACAUCACUGUUACAAUUUCUGGUUUCUUUCUAUCAGAUAUUUUUUAGCCCUUUUUCACUCCAAACCAUUUCAUAUUUUUUGCUGUACGUUGCUCGAUAUCCGCACAGUCAUGAUUAUGCGAUUGUUCCUCUGUUUGCAUUAUUUGUCUGAUAUUUGCUCAAUAAUUUUGUGCUCGUCACAGAGUCCUAAAUCGUACCGCUAGUGUUUUGCUGAAACCAGGUCGCGUAAAUUCUAGCUCUCCCAGUCUCACUCGCUCUCUCACUCGCUUUUAUUCUUCAAGUUCACCUUGCAUUAUCCAAACGCAAUCACAUAUUGCUUUCUUUUGAUAUACACACCCCGUGUGGACCUAUAUUUUACCAUCUGCUAGCGUUGGUCUAUAAAAGAUCAUCACAAGCAAUAUUAGUACAUCUAUAUAACUGUUAUUAAUAACCGAGCUAUACGAAGAAGGCGACAUCGGUGUAGCUGAUCUAAAAAUAGUUCUUCAUUUACUACCACUGCCGUGCUUCCUACCGAUGCGUAUGUAUGUGGCAGAAACCAAAGGAUUUGAACCGUGUCAUCGUAAUGAAUGUGCUUUUACGACAACACGAGAGCAGUAACCAAGGCGAAUCAUAUUACUGCUCAUAAAGGUACUAAAAUAUGACACGCGGUUGUAUUACAUUCUCACUAAUGAGCAAGAACUCGCUUUUCUACCGCUGAGUUUAAUUACGCAAACGAUACCAUCAACCAUGCCAACUUCUACAGCGGUCAACGUUAAGGCUUCACGAGUAUACCAUGAACAUGUUUUGACUAGCUUUUAGAUGAACUCAUAAUAUUCGCUGCUGGUAAAAUUCAUACAGGCUUUACUAUUAUCUGCAACAUGAUGAUUGUAUCAACGUUUUAAUUCUCGUAGGCUACUCUACAGAUCUAUUGGUACGGGACUGCGUUCUACACGGUCCAUUGAUCUUAUUUUACAAUAACUCAAGUAAAACCUAAGGAAUGAUUUCAGAGGCAUUGUGAAAUUUGGUCAAAUACAACUGAUAUUUUAUCCGGCUCUACCAUGGACUCCAUUACGGUACGGUAUGACGGGCUCCAGAUAGGUAAACAGGAUUCAACAGGAAAAUCCAAAAUGGACACCGUCGAAACCACCGACGACUAUUUCUUAGAAGUCAAGCCUGAAAAUCACCCAUUCGAAGUGGACAAUGAUGUCGAAGACAUGGAGGCUUCUUCGUCGAGUUCAGACGACUCGAUAAUGAUCGGCAAAGAAAUGGUGAAUGACAGGGAGUCGACGACGACGACGACGACGACGAAGACAACGACGAAUACGACGGAGCAGGACACAAUCUCGUCGCAGACGUGUAAUGUAUCAAGCUCGAGAGCAGAAUCACCAAACAGGGGAAGUGUCAAAUGCAAGUUCAAGAAGGAGUCGACUCCUACUAAGAAAGUAAAAUGCAGCUCCACAUGUGAAGAAACAAAGACAGCAUGCAGAAGAAAACCUAGAAAAAACAAAAAUAAAGGAGACGAUCCCGUGUAUUCAGAUAUUAUCCGAUGUCAGAUCUGUGGUGAUAAAGCUUCUGGUAUGCAUUAUGGUGUCUACUCGUGCGAAGGGUGUAAGGGAUUCUUUAGAAGAACCCAACGACUGAAGAUUGAUUAUAAGCCUUGCCCAUACUGGGGUCAACCUGACGGCUGCAUCGUCAACAUAGGUACAAGGAACAAGUGCCAGUACUGCAGAUACCAAAAGUGCAUUAUACUUGGCAUGUCCUCUACAGCCGUUCGAAUGGGACGUGUUCCGAAGGUCGAAGUCCUCAAACUUAAGACAGAGCUGGACGAGAAGGACAAUGUCCUCCACGAGACGGAGGACGAGAGAACGCAUCGGGUCUUCGUCGACUCCAUCGCCCAGCAAUUCAAUGACAUAGUCUGUGCAAUGACGCAAGAGGACUUGGAGAAAUUCUGGAAGCGAUGCUCAAGGCCUUUUACAGCCCAUAUGCCUUCGGGUACCUACGUCAUUGAGGGGAUGCAGCUGAACAAAGACGGUCCACCUCAGGAGAUCACCAGCCGGGCCGAGAUGGCCCAGCAGUGCUUCGUCAGCAUGGAAGUCACCAUCGAGAAAUUCGCUACCUUCGCCAAACAGCUCCCCGAGUUCAGACGGCUCUCCUCUUCAGAUCAGCUGACCUUGUUCAAGGGUGCCGCCCUAGAGGUGUGCGCCACACUGAGUGCCAGCAGGUACUACCAUGGUGUUUACAGGUUCCCGGAGAUCAACACCUACAUUCGAAGAGACGUGGCGGAGAAUUCCCCGUUCGGGAAGGUGACCACUUACACGACCGAGAUGAUGUUUUAUGAGAUGUUCAACGAGCUGGGCUUGACGGACAAGGAGAAGGCUGUUUUCUGUACCUUCCUCCUAUACUCGCCAGAUCGGGAAGGUCUUGUAGACCGAGAGGUUGUUGAGCGGCACCAGGAGCACCUAGCACAAACUCUGUACCUUGAGGUGAAGAAGAACCACCCGGACCGGAGCAACCUCUACGCCAAGCUAAUGGACGUGGCUGUGGCCCUUCGCACCUUGGUACCUGACCAUCUAGCGCGGUUGGAGCAGAUCAAGAUGCGAUGCAACGGUCACCUGCCAGCCGAGCCUAGCCCGCUGCUCAACGAGGUGUACGGGAGUAUCGUUUGGCUGCAGACGGACGAGCAAACGACGCCGAACGCGCCGGAAAUGGCUGAAACAGGCGAAUCCACGAUGUCCACGUGACUCUACGAUGCCGCAAAGUGAAUUGACACUAUUGAAUGAAGGUAUACCAAGAGCGCGAGGAAGGAAACACAGGCAAAGGAGAUAACGGAGACUGCACAAACACUUUUUAGAAAGGGGUUCCUUGGUUCAGCGUUUCGUGUCGUGGUAGAUUGCAUCCUCAAACUUCGUACUCUGACUAAUAACAGUUGGAAUAGACCCAACAAAAUGUCGAAACGCCUAAUGGUUCCAGACUUGUAUGCUCAGGACAGCAGCCUAGAAACGAUCAAUAAAACAUAUUUACGUCACAACAUAUUUGUUCAUGUUCACAUCCAACCGGCUUCUAUUAAAGCCGACUGUGGCCUCACGUCUGCCCUUAUCACAGUAUACAUUGCGUGCAGAGAUUUCACGGUAUUGUUCCUGAUCUCCGGGGUCAAAGUUCAGACAUGAUGAUUUGCAAUCAAGAAACUCUCUUGAGACUGAAAUAUAUAUCGCCAGGGGAGCGUCUCACAAAACCGUCA